AUGGUUGAACGGACAGAACAUGACUAUCCCAGCAUAUCUAGUGCAGAUAUCGAACCGCAUCGCAGCGCCGACGGGACAAAUGGAACUGCAUUGGAAAAGCAAAGCACUGCGGCAUCGGGGUAUUCCGCCUUUGAACAGCGCACACAUUCAAUAGUCUCGCGCAUUCGAAGUCGAGAUCCCGGCCAGACGGCGCAAUUUCAUCAUCCGCUCACCCAUACCAAGACAAGCCCUGACGUCAUCGUCGAUUUUGAAGGGCCGGAUGAUCCUUACAGACCGUUGAAUUGGAGUUUCAGGAAGAAGGCUAUCACGACUGUACUGUAUGGAUUAACUACUAUGGGUGCGACAUGGGCGAGUUCAAUUUACUCGACGGGACAGGCACAGAUUAGUGAGGAGUUCGGCGUCUCGAAUGAGGUCGCUACACUCGGCACCUCAUUACUUUUGUUCGGCAUGGGAUUGGGCCCGUUGAUAUGGGCGCCUCUGUCUGAGCUAUAUGGACGCAAAGCGGCAGUUUUACCGCCAUAUUUUCUCGCGGCCAUAUUUUCGUUUGCGACAGCCACGGCCAAAGACGUGCAGACAAUUAUGAUCACUAGAUUCUUUACUGGCUUUUUCGGCUCGGCCCCUGUUACCAAUACCGGCGGAGUCCUGAGUGAUAUCUGGACCCCCGAAGAGCGCGGAGCUGCUAUUGUCGGCUAUGCCAUGGCCGUUGUGGGCGGGCCUGUCAUUGGACCUAUAGCGGGUGGUGCUAUCGUCCAGAGCAAUCUGGGAUGGCGCUGGACUGAAUACAUCACCGGUAUCAUGAUGAUGUUCUUCCUGUCCAUGGACCUCCUCUUUGUUGACGAAAGCUACCCGCCAGCCCUGCUGGUUUACAAAGCGCGCCGACUCCGCUUCGAAAGCGGCAAUUGGGCCCUCCAUGCCCGCCACGAAGAGUGGGACGUGACUUUCAAAGAAAUAGGCAACAAGUACCUCAUCCGUCCUUUCCAGCUCCUCGCAACCCCGAUCUGCUUCCUCGUUGCCCUCUACGCAUCAUUCGUCUACGGUAUCCUCUAUCUCAGUCUAGCAGCCUUUCCAAUCGUCUUCCAGGAAAUCCGCGGCUGGAACCAAGUCGUCGGCGCCCUCCCCUUCCUCGCAUACCUAAUCGGCAUUCUAAUGGGCGGAGCAAUCAACCUCUCAAACCAGAGGUUCUACAUAAAGCGCUUCAAAGCGAACAACAACCGCCCAGUCCCCGAAGCCCGUCUUCCACCCAUGAUGAUCGGCUCUGUGCUCUUUGCUGGAGGUAUGUUCGUCUUGGGCUGGACAAGUCCAAAACACAUCCACUGGAUCUGUCCGAAUAUCGGUGCCGUCAUGAUGGGGUUCGGCUUUUUCACAAUCUUCCAGGCCGCUCUCAACUAUCUCAUUGAUACGUUCCAAAAGUAUUCUGCUAGCGCGAUCGCUGCAAACACUUUCCUGCGCUCUAUGUUCGCCGGGGGUUUCCCGCUCUUCACAACUGCCAUGUUCCAUAACUUGGGUGUUCCCUGGGCUGCCAGUAUACUGGGCUUCUUUUCAGUUGCUCUCAUCCCGAUUCCAUAUCUAUUCUACAAGUUCGGCAAGCGGAUCCGCGCACGUGGGACGUGGUCGCGAGACUCUGUUUAA